AGGUGAGCACUGCUGCAUUCCCAGCCCGGGAUGGCAGCGGGGACAUCGGUGUCGGCAGCUCUGUCUGUGCCCAGCGGGCUGAGAGCAGAAGGGUGAUGAGAGGGAGUGGGCUGGCUCUGCAAAGGGCCCCAAACUGGCUUUGUGCUUGGGGCUGGAUCUCCCUGCCAGGAAGCAGCCGCAUGUCACAGCACUGUGGCAGGGAUAGCUGGGGAUGAAGGUGCGGGGAAAAGCUCCUCGCCCUCCAGAGAGAGCCCAUCUCCUACUGGGCACAGGGGUACGGGAACGAGGAAGGGAAAGAGAAAGAGAAAGCCCUCCUGUAGGAAGGGCAGACCGCAGACCUUCAGUCUUUGAUGCUGGGCCUCUGCCACCCCUCUCCAGGACAAACAGGCCGUCCUCGGGGCUGUGGCUGCCAUGAUGGCUGUCCUCCUUCAAGAGGAGCUGUGGCGAGAGCACGUCUGGGAGCAGCUUCUCCGGCUCGUGCACCCGUGUCAGGAGGUCCAAGACACCUGCAGGGUGACCAAGAGCCUCAAUAUCUUCCUGGAGGCCUUAGAGGGAGUUCAAUCGGUCAUCCCUAAGGACAAGUUUCUGGCCAUCACCAGUGCCGUGUUCUACCAGCUCUCUGAUGACACCAAGGAGCACAGCGAGGCUGACAGAGCAGAGCUGACCCACUGCAUCCUGCUGCAGGCCCGAAUCUGCCCCGAGGAAACGGUCCUGUUUCUGCAGUCACAGCUGGGCAAUGAGUGGGAGGCUGGAUGCGUGGCAGCCCUGGGUCUGCUCGGUGCUCUGGCUCACUCUGAUGGUCAGUACCACAGGUCGGGACUUCCAGGGAUCCCUUUGCCAUCUGGGUUGUGCCUCCACGCAUGCUUCUGCGCAUCUCUUGCAGAGCCCAUGAUGACAGAGAAGCUGCCCCAGGUUGUGGAGGCUGCGCAGUGUCUGUGCAGCGACCCCAGGGUGCAGGUGAGGAGGGCCAUCUUGCACUUCAUCAAGGAUGUGCUCAGUGCUAACGCCCGGAGCUGCUCAGCCUGGGAUGUGGUGGGGCACAUCUUCAGUGAGUUCAGCCGCACCACGGGAAGAAGGGCAGCUGGAGACCUUUCUGCCCAGGAAGCCCAGGAAGAAGGAGCUCUCCAAGAGCUGUGUAUGGACAUCCUGGGGUCGCUGGAUGUCUCUGUGAGCGGGAUGACCAAACUCCUGUGGCCACGGCUGCUGCUGUACGUGGUGCCAGCCCAGUACACCGGCAUGCUGAUCCCAGUCUCCCGCUGUGUCCAAGUGCUGGCUGAGAGAGGGGACCUGAUGGUGCGGGAGGUGGAAGAACUGGAUCCCCAUUUCCUCAGCUCCAUGUUUCAAGGCCCACUGCUGACUCCCCAGGACACUGCUGGCACGCCUGCUUGGUGA